GGUGUUUUACUAACUGCUACAUGUCUCGUUACCGAAAUGUGUGAACUGAAUCCUGAAAUUGUGGCACAUUUUAGACGGGUGAGUGAUUAUUGUCAGUUGCAAGUAAAAACUUACUUAUGCUCAGUUAUUAUGUUACAUGUGGAUUAUUAUCUGAACAGUACCGGUAAUAAUUUGACUUAGUUAAGGUAAAUAUUACAUAUUCUUGGUUGUGAAAAAGACAUGUUCAUACUAAUAAUAAGAUAGACUUGGCUGUAAAAAAGAGACUCGCAAAACAUUCUGUGUUGGUUUUAGCAUGUUUCGACUUUGGUGAAAACAUUGAAGAAUUUAAUAAUGUCAGGAUACUCUCCCGAGCAUGAUGUUUCAGGAAUUAGUGAUCCUUUCCUUCAGGUAAUGUAUAUUUGCUUGGUUUAGGUGUUGAUAAAAAUUUCAUUGCAUAUGCACAAAUAUGCACUACAAUAGUUAUAUAAAGUAUCGUAUAUCAGAAAGCUUCGGAUUGAUAGAGAUGCAACUUCCUGAAAAAUACAAGGAGAACUUCGACAUUUCAACUACACUGUACUAACUUCCCGAACAAGGGCCUUCACUCGAAACGUUGUAAUUCACCUUCAAUCUGAAGCUUUCUUAAUAUUGGCAAUAAAGUAUAACCUGUUUGCAGGGCUUCAAAUUCAUGGUAUCCCGAUAUCCUGGCGAUACCAGAAUCACCAGAUUUUAAAUUUGGAUACUGGUUAUCACAAGGUUAUCACAUAAAAAAAUUUUAUACUGUAAAUGGAAAUAGCUCGUCUUCACGUACUUAUAUUCAAAAUAUGUUGGCAAAAUGUUAAGAUACAGUACAUUAUAUGAACUGAGCAAACAAUAAAAUCUACUGAGACACUGCAAAUAUUAUUUAACUGAUGAACAAGUGGAAGAAAUACCACAUAUUGAUACAAAUGAUAAUCAAUCAUGAAUGAAAAGAGUUUUGCAAAUUUGGGAUACUAGAUUUUCUGGGUGGAUACCAGAUUUUAAGUUGCUAUUAUCCUGUUGGAUACUGCUGAAAAAUUCAAAUUUGAAGCCCUGCUGUUUGUUUCAAAGUUGAUAUAACAUGUAAUGAAUGUUUGUGCCCUCUGUGCUGAAUGUAAUUGAUGUAGAACAAAAAAAGAAAACCUGACCUUUUGUACUGGACAAUACAUAAGAUUUAGCAACAAACCCAGGUAUUUUGCCUUAUGGGUGGUGUCUCAGUUUAUGUUCUGUAUCAGUGUGACUGUGGUGUACAAUUCAUUUUACAGUCUGUACCAUAUAUACAUUUGAUAGAUUCGAGUGAUCAGAUUGCUCAGAAUUUUGGGAAGAAAUGAUGAUGAAGCUAGUGAUGCGAUGAAUGAUGUUUUAGCGCAGGUAUUUUAAUGUGAUUGAUACAGUAUAUUCAGCAAGAAAUGUACAUGUAAGGAAUGCCACACUAAUCAUUUGACAAAUUCUGUUGUAAUACAUUGUACCUUACUCCUACUGGAAUAUUAAUUUCUCUUUUUUGUAAGGUUGCAACAAACACAGAAACAAGUAAAAAUGUUGGAAAUGCCAUUUUAUAUGAAACUGUCCUGGCAAUCAUGGACAUAAAAUCUGAAAGUGGUUUAAGAGUAAGUGAUCAUAAAAAUAUUUGAUUACAUUGUCUAUCCAAAGAAUCAUAUAUGCCUUUUAUAACCAAAACAUAGGAUCAUAGUGUUAGUGCAUAGAGCAGUACUAGCAUUAUAUCAUAUGUGGAAACAUACUGUAACACAAACUAUCCAGACAAACUAGGGAGGAGAGCAUGUAUAUAAAAGUUUCAUUUUGACAUUUUGAACUGUACAUAUGUUGGCAAUAUGUUAGACCUAAUUCAUUCCUUUGUCUUUUAGGUUUUAGCUGUUAAUAUUUUAGGACGAUUUUUGCUGAAUAAUGACAAGAACAUCAGAUAUAUUGCUUUAAAUACGUUAUUGAAGACAGUCAGUGCAGACUAUCAGGCUGUACAGAGACAUCGCAGUACCAUUUUAGACUGUUUGAAAGAUCCUGAUAUAUCUAUACAAAGGUGAGUUUGGGAAUUAGGGCCUGUUCGUAUUUGUGUUCAUAUGAGAAACGAGCCAGCCAUAUACAGUGUAUGAGUGAUGUUUUAAAAUUUGCCACACAUUUUAUGAUAGUUUUGUGGCUAGUAUCUACUGUAAUGCGGUUGUACAUUUUGUCUACAGGCGAGCAAUGGAGCUGUCUUUUGCCUUGGUCAAUUCUAACAAUAUCCGUGGGAUGGUCAAGGAAUUAUUAGUGUUUCUUAAUUCUGUCGACCCUGAUUUGAAAUCUUAUAUAACUUCAAAUAUUUUUCAAGUUGCAGAGAAGUAUGUUAGAAGUUGUUUUAAAAUUGUUUUUCUUGAACCUUAUGUAAAUGCAAUAAGUGCAUUAUACAGUAUUUGUCUGUACUGUAGUAUAUUGAAAACUUAUGUGCAUAUUUGCUUCAAUUUAUAGACAUGCUCCAAAUAAAAGGUGGCAUAUUGAUAUCAUGAUGAAAGUUUUAACAACUGUGAGUAUAAAUACCUCUGUAUCUCUAUCAAUUUUAAAAUGUUCUCAGAAUUCAUGUAAACAUGAUACAUCAUGCACAGUACUUGUUGUGUCGUUCACCAAGCUGCGAGGUGUGACGAUUCCUGCAAUAUGCAGUAAUUCCUGCAAUAUGCAAUAUUAUAAUUUCACCUCAGACACAGCCAGCGAAAGCGAGGUCGGCAUUCGACAAUGCCGACCUAAAUGCCGACCUAUUAACCUCCCAAGUCGGCAAAGAUUUGCCGACCUUAAUUCAGCCAAAGUAAGAAUUUUUUUGGUGCUGAUAGCUGUUAAAAAGUCAGCGAUUAUAGAAUUUGUUUCGUAGUUCGAUUAACUAAACAUACAUCAGUGUAACGGUUUAAAAAAUGAUGGGUAUUCUAUAUAUAAUUUAGGUAAGACUCCAGCUGUUGUGUUGCUGUAGUCCGCGUUUUCGUAGAAAAUGGCAUGCUUUAUAUUCCAAUUUCAAUGAUUGUAAAAACGUGCUUACUAGUGUUCCAAGACUUUGAAACAGAUUUUAAAUAAUGCCGAGACGUGCCGACCUGGGUCAGAUUUAGGUCGGCAUUUUUUUGCCGACCUCAAAUUUGACGGUUUUCAUGGGCUGCAGACACAUGUGAGAGGAGUGCUGUACUUUCAGUCUGACUCUACCAAAAACCACAGAUUUUCUCCAGGUACAGUACUCCAGGCUUCUUUGGCAGUAACACCAGAAAAUAUAUGAAUGCACUAACCACAAGUUCACAAUGCCAACAGUGAUACUUUAGGAGUCGUAGCACAGAUUGAAGUUUCAUUACAUUUCUCAAAACAUCCGCAUUCUAUAGACAUUCGGAAAGCAUACAGUACUGUAUGUGUGUUAUCAAUAUGUGCACAAAUAUUUUGAAUGAUUUUUUGCAUUUCAGGCUGGUAAUUAUGUCCGUGACGAUACUGUUCCUAGUUUAAUUCAUAUGGUUGCUUCAAGUGAUAGUUUACAAGCAUAUGCCGUUCAACAAUUGUUCUCAGCUAUUCAACAUGAUAUCAGUCAGGUACGACCCAAUCGGUCAGUCACUAGGGCUUACGGAUCGAAAGCUUUGCAAUAAUAGGUAUACAUGGUGUUCCCACAAGCCAAAACUAUAUUGUCAUAUUUUAGCAAUCGUUGGUCCAGGUGUCGGCAUGGUGUACUGGAGAGUAUGGUGAAUUAUUAUUCAAAGAUAUUGAUGAAGAAGAGCCUCUAAAUGUAUGUCAUGAUAUAUAAUUACUGUACUACAGUAUUAAAUCUUGACACUGAUUUUAUAUGGAAGAACAUUGCGUAUCAUUUCCAACAAAUUACCGGAAAAUGUAGAAUCUCUUCUAACACAUUGGCAGCACCACAGUGAAUUUCUGGUGGUCACAGUAGUAUGUUCUCGUGUUCACACCAGAUAGAGCAGUCUCUUUUAAAUUCAGCGAUCCAAUUUUGACAUUGUGUAUCGUUUCCAACAAAUAACCAGAAAUUAUAGAAUCUCUUCUGACAAAACUUCGGUUCAUAGGAAUGCAACUACCUGAGGAGAAAUUCGACAUUUCAAGCGAAGGCCCUUUGUCGGGAAGUUAGUGAAUUAAACUUUUUAUAUUUCUCUUGAACAGGUGACGGAAAAUGAAGUGGUUGACAUACUGGAAGGAAUGCUUGCCAGCAACACUUUAAAUCAAGUAUCAAAACAAUACGCCUUGAAUGCAUUGAUGAAACUCACUACAAGAUUUACUUCAAGCGUAGAGUAAGAAGAAUUACUGUGGGUAGUCAAUAGGCUUGCAAAACAAACAAUUUGUUAUCAAAUGCCAUACGAGAAUAACCAGCCAUCUAGUCAUGAUUCAAGGAUGGAUUGCCCCUUAUUAUUUCGAAAAUCCUACUAUUUCGCAUGGCAAUCCAGUCGUUUUGUUUUUAUGACGUUUAUUUAAAGGCCCUAUAGAUUAGCAAAACAAACAAUAUCAAACACCAUACGACGACACCAACAAUAACAUUUUUAUCUCAUUUAGUCGGAUCAAGACGUUAAUUAACCGUUUCUCCAACAACAUGGAUAUGGAACUUCAGCAACGUUCUGUUGAAUAUCUGACAUUGUUUAGGAGUUUUGAUGAAAUGAGGUAACAUCUACAUUUAAACUCUUCUUGAUUACAACUGAGGUGAAACUAAACUUAGUAUAGUCGACAAGUACAGUACAUGUAUGCAAAAAUCGCAUCCCAGUCACAGAGAUGAAAAGUACAUGCAUUAACCUCUGUGCCACCAAAAUUCGCAUCAAUAUUAAGCACGAUGCUUGUGUGAUGUUACUCUGAGUGUAUAUCCACACCGGGCAGGCCUGAAAAAUAUGCCUUGCCACGGUGGGAUUCGAACCUAUGACCUUUGGAAUACUAGCCCAAUACUCUGCCAACUGAGCUACGCGGUCAGGUCGGUUCGAGUAUGCGAUAUUUCGGAACUUAUUAAGCACGAUGUUCUCGUAGGGUUGGUUUAUUGGAAAGAAUACCAGUAAUGGACACCAAGUCAACUACUUCAACCACAAUAGAAAAUGGCGAAAUACUGGAAGUACAACGGGAAGAACAACGUGAGUUAAGACCUAUCUACCCGAUCGUUUACGAGAAUUGUUAUACAGGCCUCGUGAUUUUUGAACUGGAGGGAGGGAGGGAGGUGAUGCGAGGGUGGAGGGAGGUGGUGUGAGGUAAAGGAGUGGACAUCAUGCACACAUAAUGAGUCAACCUCACAUCGCUUCCCCACACCUCCCUCCACCACAAAAUUCAGAUCUCAUCGGCCUGUAUAAUACUACUUCUGCGAUUCUUAUCCUAUGAUCGAGUAACAUGCAUAGAUCUUCCAUAUUUCCCCUUCAGCAUAUAAGUAAAAAAUGUGAGGACGGAAGUCGUUUUCAUACACCAGGAUGCCAGUCGUACACGAACUCUCAAAAACUGUCUGUACCAGUGUAGGUAGUACCAAUGUGAAAAUGCUGUGCUGAGUGGUUAUAUUACUACCUUAAAAAAUAAGCAGAAACUCGACGUUUCGAGCGAAGGCCCUUCGUCAAGAGUUAGUAGCAGGGAUCGGGGAAAAUGCACGGGCUUUUAUACUAAGAGUAUGAAAACAUCAGGUGACAAAAAAAUAAAAUAAUAAAAAAAAUAAACCAAUUAGAUGGAUCCAUCUAAUUGGUUUAUUUUUUUGUCACGUGAUGCUUUCAUACUCUUAGCAUAGAAUAAAGAUCCAUAUAGAAGGGCCACUUACGUCGGAAGCUUUGAAGUUUCUGUCCUCGCGCAUGUCGCAUUACGCAUGUUGGCCGCCAUUUUCCUAGCCAGUCAAUGACAUUUUCUGGCCAAUAAACACGCUGUACUGGCUGGCUGCUCCGCCUUCUGGCCAGUAAACUGCAUAUUUUUGCAUAAAAAAACGAGGACACGUUGCACCCCUGAGUGGCCCUUCUAUAUGGAUCUUUAUUCUAUGCUCUUAGUAUAAAAGCCCGUGCAUUUUCCCCGAUCCCUGCUACUAACUCUUGACGAAGGGCCUUCGCUCGAAACGUCGAGUUUCUGCUUAUUUUUUAAGGUAGUAAUAUAACCACUCAGCACAACGAACUCUCAAAGCCUUUAUGAAUCUACCAUUCUAUCAAUGAUUUUCGUGCAGUAUAACUAAAAAUUCUUCGUCGGUAUUCGUACCUACAGGUUUUAAUAUGAAAUAUUUCACCAUUUUUCUAGCUGUUCCUGAACAAAAACAAAGCAAACCUACUGAGGUAAACUAUAUACUGUAUACAUGCAUAAAGAGGAUUUGAUAAAUGUUUGUGAUGUUAUUCUGAGUGUGUAUCCACACCGGGCAAGCUUGAAAAAUAUGGCUGGCCACGGUGGGAAUCGAACCUACGACCUUUGGAAUACUAGCCCAAUGCUCUGCCAACUGAGCUACGCGGUCAGGUCGGUUCGAGUAUGUGAUAUUUCAGAACUGAGUCUAGUUCCAUCGAUAUCAGUGUAAUCUAAUAAUCAUGAUUUGCUGUGUUGGUGUUGUGUACUCGGGUGAAUAAGAUGCUUGUGAUGUUACUCUGAGUGUAUAUCCACACCGGGCAAGCUUGCAAAAUAUGUCUGGCCACAUCUCAAACAUCAUAUUCACCUGAGUACACAACACCAACACAACAAAUCAUGAUUUGAUAAAUAUUACUUGAAAAAUCCACAAUCAAUUAAGCGGCGAGGAGAAACAUUCAAAUACAAAUUCUUAAAGUCUUGAAUGAUGUGAACGACAGGUAAUUAACUAAACAUAGCAUUACAAUAAGAGUUGUGUUUUAAUAUACAUUAAUUUGUUUGAACUGUGUUUGUAGUCUACGACGUUACUCGACCUGCUUGGUGAUACGUCAUCAGUUGGCACGCCAUCCACCCAUACGCAGGCGCCUAACCCUGUCCCAGUUCUUCAACCUGCAGCUCCCUCGACUAAUGGUGGAGACCUUUUAGAUUUACUCGGAGAUUUGGAUAUGAGUACUACCACUGCCGGUAAGUGUGGUGCAUUGGAAAACAACUAA